AUGCCGUCUCACGCUCCGCUAUCCUCUCGAGAUGGCAGGAUCCGGUCAUCGUCCAUCCGCCAGGGGAGCGAGCCCUUUUACUAUACCAACGAGGACAUUGAACUCCUCCACCAAGUCGUCGCGCUGGGCCAGGACAUCCUGCCUACGCUGCCGAAGCGCGACAAGCUGCCGACGACCGCGCUCUUCCGAGCCGCCGAUAUCGUCUUCCCUCGCCAUGGCCUCGACCCGGACGGCGAGGAUAAGCUCAGCCGCAUCAUUUUUCUCGUGGGCGGCAUGCGCUCCACCGACAACCUGCUCGACCGCUUUCGAACCGUGCUAGGCCGCAUGGGCAUCGAGCUGGAGUACGUCCCGGAGAGCAGCAGUGUCAAUGCCGACGUCGACGGCGACGACGACAGCAACAACAGCAUGUAUGAUCCAGCGGACGGAGAAAACAACGCUCAGCACGCCCGUCGCCGCCAGUCACACGUGCAAGCUUCGCCACCGUCUCCACACCCGCCAUCACCACCUCUCUCAGUUCACUCCCCAACGCGCUCAUCCGCUGGCGGCCUGACUUCUCACUCUGGUGUUUUUCCCGUUGCACCACAUGUGACCGGCCGGCGACGGCGCAAUUCUGACAGUGUGGCUGAGUUUGUGGUCGCGGCGGGCGCGAGUCGGUUCAACCGCGGCCAACCUGAACACCACGACGCACCUAUUGACCACCAGUCGCAUCGACCCACGGGCCGGCAACAACAACGCCGACAGCACCACAGACGCAGGUCCGACUCGCUUGCACCGCCACUGGUGAACUAUAAGGACUACUUUGGCACGGCAGACGAGCCAAGACCAGCUCCACGACUACCUUCGCCGCAGCGACAGCAGCGUCCGCAGACACGGCCGCGACCCCCUCACACAUCGCGGCCGAUCGACCCAUGGUUGUCGCAGGUUCCUCGGUACCCUGCUGCGCCCGAAGAGGUCGACUAUACGGAGGAACAUGGCAACAAUCUUAAGGACAACCUACAUGCUGAUCCUUCCGAAGGAAACUUUGAUUACGAUGACGAUAAUGAUGUGCCUGGUAUCGACCAAUACACGCAAUCCUUGGAUUUACUUCGUGCGGCAGCGCCACGGAAGGACGAACAUGCCCUACAACAACACAAACAACACGAUACGCCUCCCAACGCAAUAAGCGGCCACGGCGCUGCCCAUCUUUCUCACAACCACAACUACCAAUACCACCAACAACUCCCCAUCCGCACUCGCCCAUUCUCGCAGACCCGGCCCCCCUCUGCGCAACCCGGUGCUGGCCCAACAGGCCCGGGUUUUGUUACGCACACCCAAAACUCCUCGAUGCAACCGGCUGGCUCCUGGACCGAGCCCCAAUCGCCCCGAUCGCGGGUCUCAUCCUUGGCCUCUGACCAUGAAGUCUUCCAUGGCGCCAGCGACACGACAGUGCAAGAAGAACUUGAGGCCGGGCCGCCACCUCGGGUUGACCCCUUCAUCAUGGCCAAGGUAGCCGACACUUAUUUUAUGCGGUUUGCUUUCCUUGGCGGUCUUGCAGUUGAUGUGUGGCGAACAACAUGCGCUGCACACCAGCAACAGGAGCGGUAUGCCGCAACUAUUGACCGGGAGCUAUCCGCAUCAGAAGCGCUUCUCGUGUGGAGCAGUGUGGCUGGUACUCACAUUGAGGAUAUGACGGGGAAGUCCAGGCAAUUAACCGCCCUGCAACAAGAGAUGGUCAUCGUCGAGGAACGUCAACCGGACGAAGUUGAGCGGCUAGGAGACGUCGACGAAGAAGAAGCCGAAGCGGAGGACGACCAAGACGACGAAGCCGCUGCCCAAUACCGAGAAAAACAAGACGAGCGCGAAAAACUUAUGCGCCGAGCAGCCCGCGUUUAUACCAUUACGACCAUGUUCAAUGCCGUCAGCCACUGGCAUAGUAUGGCCAAAGAGGAAGCCAGCCGUACCAAAGUGGCUCGUCGCCACCUCUUGCGCCGCAAAGUCUUUGGUGCCUGGCGCGAGCAGACGGCUACUGAUAAUGUCAAAGCCGACUGCUUCGCGCUCAGCUGGGCCGUUCGGCGCUGGUCGUCCGCGAUGCACCGAGGACCCCACGAGAAUGGAAAAUUGGCCAUCCAAUUCCACCACCGCGACUUGGCGACCGUCACGUUCUGGACCUGGCUUAGAGCACACCAGGAGCGGAUCGCCGAGGCAUGGGCCAUCGAUCGUCUCAAGAAGAAGGCCGUCGAGGGCUGGUGCCAGCGGACCAUUGCGUUGGCGCACUCCGAGGACAAGGCCGCCCAAAAAGUACAGCAGUUUCGUCUAGGCGCAGCGACCGCUACGUGGGCCGAGCAAGCUCAGAGCCAGGCACUGACGUUCCUCAGUAUUGAAGAGCAAGAGAAUGAGACCUACAUGCUGGCAGCACUACAAGACUGGUCCAAAGAAGCGUUGUGUCAGGAAAAACUGCGCGCUAUGCACGCUGCCAAUGAAACCCGCACCAAGUCGGCCGUGUUAGGGGCCUGGCGCGAGAGCGCCGCCGAGGCAAAGCAUCGCGCAACCCAACUGGACCUCGACAUCGCCGAAGAGUACGUCGCCCACUGGCACCGCGAAACCCGCCUUGCGCUUUUCCGCGCCGACUAUGAGUAUGACCUCAAGAUGGAUGCCGUGCAGAGCUGGGUACUGGCCGAGAAGCUUGCGUUCCUUAUCCGGUACCGCGAUGAGCAGCUUCUCUGGAAGACCUGUUUCGCACUCCAAGCAAAUUUUGGCAUUGGUAGCCAAGGCCAGCAAAGAGAGCAACAGCGCGAAGACGACCUGGCUCAGAUUGCGGAUAGGCUAGACAAGACCAAUGUCUUUGCCGGGUUGGUCUCUGCUUUCCACCAGCAAGGCGAGAGGCGCGGCGCCUGGAAGGAGAUUUCAAAGUACCUGGACCACGAAGCCGUGGCAAACAAAACCCUGGGUUUGUGGACAGCAGCGACAGCCGAACACGACGACAUGGGUGAAAUGGCCCGUCGUGGGGCUUUUUACGUCGGCACCGCCAACGCCUUAAGUGGCUGGUCUACGUACGCCAAGAACAUUCGAAAGGAGCGCCUGCGCUCCACGUACUACACCUUUCGGAGAGAGGUGAAGCGCAAGACGGCGUCCGACUGUAUCGCCGUGUGGCGCGAUGCUACUCUCCGCCAAGGUACGGAGACGAGUGGCAACGGCGCAUACGCAAUGGCAGAUCAGCUCCGCUACGAAUACGAGGCCUACACUGUCUUUACAACGCUCAACCACUGGAUCCUUGCGACCAACGACUGCAUUUUCCAGCAUACCGUGGCUGCUGAAGCAGACACCGAGGUGUAUCUCAGCCUCUGGCGACUGCAGCUGGCCGACUGCGAAGAACUCGGCGCAGCGGCUGCUGAGCACGAUACAAUUACAAAACUGGCCGGGCGCUGGGACGACUGGGAGCUGCAGGCUGUACAGGCCCGGGGCCGGGAACACACGGCGGCGGCGCUUCUCGAGAAAAACGAGCGUCGGCUCGGAAGACGCGUGCUGGCAGUCUGGCAACAAGAGCUGGUAGACCGGCUCUACGUCGGGUCAGCUGAGCCAGAAGACGACCUACGGUUGAGUUACACGGCAUCCGCGGCGUCCCGUUGGCAAGGCGAGAAAGACCACGGUGCUGGCCCAAGCUCCAGUUUUUGGCGACUGGGUGCAUCGUUCUCGUCGCCUCUGGUUGGCCGCUCGGACGCACCUCGGCCAACUCCGUCGAGGGUGCCUGGGUCUGACGACCGCGACGGUCGCCCAGCCCGGGUUGCCCAAGUCGGCGCACGGCCAGCCAGUCUCCUUCUUCACCCGAUUACAGAAACCCCCGUCACAACAACAGCGCAGCGGCCGUUCUAUUCUGGUGGUGUUCUCGGCGCUGUCGGCGGCAGCCAUAGUGUUCCUGCGCCCGGCGCCGUGGUGGCCGAGUCGGCGGCGGCAACAGAUGUGAUUCAACAGCCACCAACUGCAGGCACCAAGCCACUACGGCGACUACACCGAUCAACAACUGCGGCAUCGUAUCGGCACCAAGAGCAGGCGCAACCGACCCCGACCACCUUACCCUCGUCUUCGUCGCCAGAGACUGCUGUUUCCCGGGUUCGCGCGUCGCCUUACAACCACCGUCUUCUGCAACGCCGGUUACUGUCGGCCGCACGGUUGGCCGAUUCGGUCCAGCUAGGGCCUAUGUCUGAGUUUGACGAAGUGGAGGCUGGAGCGGAAGACGCCGAAACUGAUCCACUCCCUUUGCGGGACUAUGCUGAUGCGGAUGUGUCUUCCGAGGGCGAUGAAGACCUCGGUCUGGGUCCUGACAGCCCCCACCGCCUGCCGGAUCACCGUAACCUCCAACUGCUGUCCCCCACCGCCGCCCACGCUGCACACACGCCUACGAGGCAUCUGUUUCGCCCGGGUAGCAGUGAGCUAACAGCGAUUGCGGCAUCGUCGUCCCUGGGGACCCCGCAAAGCCGGCCAGCGCCUCCGCCAAUCCAGCCACACAGCCACCUUCGGUCGUCCAUUGCCGCCACCACCGGAGGUGGAAUGCGCCACAGUGUCAGCAGCCUUCCCGCGCCGGCCGAUCCAAGACUGCCGCGCUUCCGCCCGGGCCACUCGCUGCUUCGAAAGAGUGCCGUCGUCGGCGCAGCGGCCGUCUCUGGCGCGGAGUUCCCCCCGUCCUCCUCCUCCUUUGACCCCGUCACAACGACACCAAUGGGGCCUCUGCCGUCGCCCUUUGAACGCCGCUUGCGUGCGGCGUACGGCGACCAAUCCGGCGACGGGUUCCAAAGCGACGUCUAUGAUGAUGCCGGCGAAGGCGGGCAGGGUUACGGUGCUGUCCCACGGGCCUCCCUUGCUUCUUUCACACCGCGGCAGCUACCGCUGCGAACAUCACUUGCGGCAUCGACAGCACCCGCGACAGGACGUACAGGAGCAAGAGUGACGUUUGUAGAUGUCGACCGCGAGCAAAUGAAAGAGUAG